GUGUAUUUGCUACCUUGCAGUUGGGUUUGUAAAGAGACUCUAGAUCUUUUAGUGAAAGAAACGUUUUGUAAAAGGUGAAGAGAGGGGUGAAGUGUUUGUUGUGAGGAGGUUCUAGUCCACUGCGAAAUAUGUUCCUGGUGCUGCUGUGCUGGUGUGUUGGGGCCUCUCUGGUUUUAUAUGGCUUGUACUCUUGGAUCAUCCCUGCUGCUGUGCAGUACAAUGGGAGUCUUGCAUUGUUCUGGCAUGAUGUCAUCAUUGAGCGUGCUCUUGAUACUCUGACCAGGUCGACUCGACCCCAGCGUCUGCUAAAAGCGGUACUAAAGCAUGCAACCCGAGGUGACCCUCAGAGUGUUAUCUCAGCCAUCGAUCAUUUUUGCUGGCACAGUGAAUGGGCUAUGAAUGUUGGAGAUGAGAAAGGCUCUGUCCUAGACUCAGUGGUGAGUGAGGUAAACCCAGAGAUGGUCCUGGAGUUGGGCACAUACUGUGGCUACUCAACAGUGCGCAUAGCUCGCCUGCUUCCUCCUGGAGCUCGUCUUAUAACAAUGGAGUUCAAUGCAGAUUACGCUUCAAUUGCUCGACAGGUCAUUGCCUGGGCAGGUCUAGAAGACAAAGUCCAACUUGUAGAGGGCGCAUCUGAAGAUUGGAUCCCACGCUUGAGGGAGCACUUUGGAAUCGAAACAUUUGAUUUUGUUUUUCUGGACCACUGGAAGAACCGUUACCUCCCUGACACAAAAUUAAUGGAGGAAUGCGGCCUUUUGAGGAAGGGCACCGUUCUACUUGCUGAUAAUGUGAUCUGUCCGGGAACCCCAGACUAUCUUGAAUAUAUGCGCAAUAGCCUUUCUUAUAAAAGCUGCUAUUAUAAAUCCCAUUUAGAGUACACCAAGGCAGAAGAUGGCUUGGAGAAGUCUGUGUUUUUGGGCUAGAGAUGUGCAGAAACAGUGUUUGUGAUUAAAACUGAAUAAGUCUUUGCACUAAGAGUUUAUAAGACCUAACAUGAGGUAUAUUUUGAGCAAUCUAUUAUAAUAAGUCCACAGGAUUUGGACACAGUUCACCAUUUUGCUCUAUUCAAUACCACAUUUUACCACUUUGUACCACUAGAGGGUAGAAUCACAUUGAAAAUGUACUGUAUGAAGUCUAACAACCAAAUGACCUGUGUGCCUAGUCCUGGCCACUGUUAUAAUCUUACCUGAAAUGUUAGCUGAAAAAUCAAUGAUUUUGUAACAUGUAUUGUUUGUACUUUAAAGAUAAAUCUGGGAUACUUGAAAAAAUGGCAAAAAAUAAAAU